AUGCACUCAUUGUCAAGGAUUCUUCUUAAUCGCAAUAGUAAUGUGCUUUUUCAGCCGACAUAUUUAGCGGCGAUUAGAUACACAUCAGCUGGUCCACCUCCAGUCGCACCGGCGAAAGAAGGAUCCUUGACCUACAAAUAUGAGAAAUUUAUUGGAAAAUGGCCGAAAGUAUUGGCACUUCAUAGGACUGUUGUUGAAGGCUCCCGUUGGUGUUUUGCCGACGUGAAAAUGUAUUUCAAAACGAAAAAAGCGGUUACGAGUGGCCAGAAAAAGCUCACCGAUCUCACUGUUGAAGAACUCGAAACGCUUGUCCAGAUGCCAGUCGAGGGACCAAAAAUGGCGAUUGUUACAGCGCUUUUGCCCGUGCCGCUCAGUGUUUACGUCUUUGCAUUCGCUGUAAUAUUCUUCCCCCGUCUCGUUUUGACUCGCCAUUUCUGGUCCGAUGAGCAGAGAAGAGAGUUCUUUCAGUUGGAAGUGACGAAAGCACUCAUUAGUGGAGAACAGUUGUUGAGUACACUUGGAAGUCCAUCCCCAACUGAUGAGAACAAGUUGAAGCCGAUGGACAAGUUGGAUAGCAGUGAAAUAUUAAUGGUGCACGGAAUGCAUUCGAUUUAUCCACUUCCCGGUGCAAAACGACGAAUUGAAAAGCGGAUGGAAGCACUGAGAGCUCUCGAUCAUCUGCUCCCGUCUGCUAUUGAUGGAUUCAAUGAGAGACAACUCAUCUUCAAUUGCUACAUUCGAAAGAUUGAUAUUGGAAAGAAGAACGAGUCAGAAAUGCGAGAUUCAUUGCGGCAAUAUGUCAAAUUCACGUCCCGAAUGCCGAACAACGUCUAUCUCUACGCGUCUCCACUAUUCAAACAGAAAUAA